AUGACUAGGAUGACACCACCGGUCCAAGAAGUGUUUCCACACUACCCUGAUUUGCCCGGGAAAGUUGCCUUGAUCACCGGGCUGGGACAGGUUGGGCCCCGGGAGAGUUCAUUCUGGGGCAAUGGAGCGGCGACAGCGCGCUUGCUCUCACACAACGGUGUCAAAAUCUUCGGCUGCGACCUGAAUCUAUCGGCAGCCGAGAGAACCAAGGAGCGUCUAUUGGAGGAGAAAACAGACGCCGUGGUGGAUGUCGUGGCUGCCGAUGUCACGAACUCGGCGGACGUGGAGGCACUGGUCAGGGCUGCUAUGGAGCGGCACGGCAGGAUCGAUAUACUGAUCAACAACGUGGGCCAAACCGCGGCAGGGAAUCCCGAAACCAUGACGGAGGAUCUGUGGACGCGCCAGCUAAACCUCAACCUGACCUCAGUCUACCGCCUUUGUCACCAUGUUCUGCCCAUUAUGCAGAGGCAGGGCGGCGGCAGCGUCAUCAACAACGCCUCUAUCACUGCCAUGCGCUACAUCGGGAAACAUCAAAUUGCAUAUGCGUCCGCCAAAGCCGCUGUGAUACGAUUCUCCAAGGCGACGGGCGUCAUGUAUGCCCGGGAUAAUAUCCGAUGCAAUUGCGUCGUCCCGGGGCUGAUGUAUACGCCUCUGGUAGACAACUUUGCUCGCAGCGAGGAUGCCGGGGACCGUGAGGCUGCCGCGCGCAUUUUAAACCACAAUUGCCCCAUGGGGUGGAUGGGCACGGGAGAGGAUGUUGCAAAUGGGGUGGUUUGGCUGGCCAGUGGAGCCAGUCGGUAUGUCACCUCUCACGCACUGGUUAUCGACGGCGGCAUCACAGAGAGCACGGGAACAGGAUUUGAGGCGUUAUAG